AUGGAGAUACCCUUUACAGAACAAGAGCAGCGCUUCCUACUUGCAGAGGCGAUCAAGACAAGUUCGAUUCCACCAGAAAAGUUGUUGGUCAUUCUGAAUGAAAGUAACGUCAUCCCAAAUUGGAUGUUGAUGCAAGUUCCCCAUGGACGAAACCUGGCAUCCUGUAUCAAUACCUUCGAAAGUCUCGCGGGUCGAAAUUCCAAUAAUUUAACACCGCAACUACCCGUCCCUCCAUUCUUUCCCGGUGGCUCUCCUGACUUACAGAACAAGCGCAAGUCUGUCUCCGAACUUGACUUGAUCGGUGUCGAUUCUUCUCGAAAGCGCCGAACUCCAGGUUUAGAUAUUGUUUCUGCUCAGCGUAACAUUCAACCCAAGCCAGCUGCGAACGGCUCUCCUAUCUCUUUCGCUUCACCAUUUACAGGUCAAGCCCCCAAAAAGCGUGGUCGACCUUCCAAGAAUGAUCUCAAGAUUCGACAAGCUGAAGAAAUUGCGCGUGGAGAGAUUUUAGGCUCACUUGAGACAUCUAAGGGUUCUCUCGUUUCUCCCAGUACCAGUGGUGGAGAUGUCAGCUUUUUGGAAAACAUUCUGGCACCUGUCGUUACAUCGGGUCAAGAGUCUCAGCCAAGUCCAGUUAUUUCUUUUGGUGAUCAAACAGACUCGGGCAAAAAGAAGCGUGGCCAACCAAACUGUAGGUCAUCUAAUGUCCCAAGAACAGGAGAAGGCAGCUUUCCCAUUCUCCCCGCCCAAUUUCCGCAACACAUACAGCCCCUACAGCGAUUUGGUACUCAUCAGAUCUUCGAUCAAUCAAUGAGAGCUCAAUUUCAGCCCGAGUCUCGCGAACUUCAAAUGCAUAGAGAUAACCAAGGCCAAGGGAUGCAAUUCAAUGUCCAAAGCAACAUUGAAGGACAUCAAAUGCAUGUUAGCGGCGAGGCACACAAAGAACACCAGGAAAUGCAAUACAAAGGCACAGCUGUGGAGAGCAAGCCGAUGGAACAACACAAAGAUGAGAAACGAUCUGAUAUCUAA